AUGAAGAAUGUGCAAAAUUAUGCAAAUUCUACUCUCUUUGACCUAUUUCUCUGGAAAGGAGGCUACAUUGAAGGUGCAGAAUCCAUGCUGGAUCAUAUAAAAUGUGAAACUGAAUUGGACUAUUCAAGCAAUGUGUCAAUUCCAAGUUAUUGCCACAUUGAUAACUUGGACAUUGAUCAAAUACCAGUGUAUGAAUCAAUUGAUCGUUUGAAGUCACACUUAAACAAUUUCAUGGGCAUCUCUAGAUGUUAUCAGAUGAUUGGCCAUGCAUACGAUGAUUAUGCUCCCUAUCCAAAAGAAGUCUGUGCUGCUCUUCAAGCAGCCCAUCAGAUGUUCCAAUUUAAGUCUCUUCUGGUAGUAUUCCAGCCACUUAAAUACAGGCAAUUACCAUGA